UAUCGAGUCCAGGUGGCAGUCGUACUAGGGCGGAGGUCGUAGAGAGGAGGUGGUGGUGGUUGCGUCAAUGGUCGUGUCUAGUAUCAACCGUGAUCUAGUGGUAAUCGUAUCCAGGUAUAACAUCACGGUAGCUAGGGUAGUAGGAGCAUCCCGUAGGUCAGUACUUGGGAGCGCUACUGUCACCCAAGGCUGAUAACUUACCUCGGCACUGUCACUCUCCUACAGUUGUAAAGAAUCAAACAUCACCCAAGACGACAUGUUGAGGCUGCUGUUGGUGGUAGUCGUGGCUCUGCUGGUGGUGGAUUGCCAGGCUGGCUUCACCGACACCACUCGCUACCAAAUUUGGGCCGCUGAUCUGAAGCCGGGGUUCAUCAUUGAGUCGCACCAGAUACAGGGUCAGCGCUGCUACUGCAAGGUGCCAUGGGCCUCCUCGGCCAGCCUACUGCCCCCUUCACUGCCAAGCCUUAGCUUCGACCCAAACUCCGUUCUUACCUCCUCACCCAGUGAGACUUCGAGCUAUGAACAAGUAAUUCUAAGCAGACCGGAAUCGAUUAAUAACACCGAAUACUAGAACUAAAAGAAAUCUAAGUAGAGCCCUGGCACGAUCUACCAUGGCAAAAUUCUAAAAAAUAAAAGGCAAAUAUUACUUUGAACGGCGACAAUUUAGUCUCCAUUACAGCAGCCUUAAGAACGCACACAUGAAAACAAUUCUUGAAACACUAAAUUUCCCCCUACUACUUCCCUAUGAUUUUACACUCAAAGUGGAUCCAGUCGUCCAUUGCAGUAUUUAGGAGUUCGUGAAGUUAAUGCUUUCAUGUAGGUAUGAGAACAAUCUCCUCCACUCUGGUUCAGGUUGUUUUAAAACUCCUCAGCUGUAGUUAUAAUAGUAACUUAUAAAAGAUUUGCUCAAUACCCGUGUUCCGCGCACCUCAUCCCCACCCCUCCUAUUAUUAAGACAUUCCCUGGUGUAAGGCCUUUCCCAAUAGUUACGUAUGGCAUUUGUAUAGUAAGUAAUUUUUUGUUUUAUCCUUAAAUAUAUUAACGAAUUCCUACUACACUGUAUCUACUGUUAGAAGUAAAAUACAAAUAUACCCGGUUUAGCUGCCCUCAAAUGACGUCACAUCAUCUCGGUAUUCAGGCUAUCCCAGUUUGUUUGAUUUUUCUAGCACAAAUAUGAGAUACAAAAGGGAAACAGUUUGGUAAAUUGGUAAAUACUCCUUGGUUAGAAUCGAAUUACAAGAACAUUUCUUGGUGUACGCAUUAUGUGAUCCCAAGCUUAAGUAAUUAAGGGAUUGGACAUAACAACUGAGGACACGUUAUUCAGGUUGAAAUAUGCACAUGGUUUUAAAACGACAUAGAAGAAUCAUCCCCUUUAUACUUUGAUACAAAACAAAGCAGCUAACUGUACACGGGCCUCUAUAAGACCAGAGACUCAUGUCAUAAAACAUUAACUGAGACUCAACUGGUUUGCAGGUUUGUUUUUCUUUCAUCACAUAAUCAAUAACAAUGACGUGUACGUAUGCACCUUGUAUACCUGAGUGUAUCAGAAUUGAGAUUCACAGAAAUAAAGGAUUGUGAAGGAAA